AUUAUGAUCAUGCGUUGUCCAUAUUUUUAAUAAAUUGAACAAUUAAUAAAUUAGUUUAUUAAAUAAAUAAUUGACUCAAUCUUGUAUGAAAAUUAACGUUCUUGCAUUUCUAAUUAAAUUGACAAAUAUUACUCAUUGGAAAUUUUAUGACCAACUUCACGUGUAUUUUUAAGGUGUCCUAUUGGAAACCUCCAACCUUUAUUUUUAUUUAUAUUUAAUUUAUAUCGUUAAUAAAAUUAUUUGUUUACCCUCAAGAAGGGUAAAACUAAAUGUGAUUUAUGCUAAAUUAUUGAAAAAGUGACCAAUCAACGAAAAUGACCACAUCAGAAGAAGUGAAACUAGAUCCAAAACUACAAUUAAGAAAAUUAGAUCUAAGACUCCUAAGAGAGUUAGAGGCAAUACUCGACAGUGAUGAUUUAUGGAAACCAUUAAUGUGUAAAAUACCAAAAACAUUAAACACUGAUCCAACAAUGUCCAAAAUAUCACACAAAAACCCACCCAAAUACAACACAGAACAUUUCAAAAUCAUUGAGAGUGUUUCUGUGAAAGACCGCCGUUCAUGCACCAAUAUACUUUUUGACGAAUGGGGCACUUCUGGAAAGGUGCUCCCCACCGUCGGCCACCUAUUUUCCCUGUUAAAACAAGCUGGAGUAUAUAGAGCUGGCGAUCUGCUUGCCGACUUACUAGGCGUUCCUCGUCCAGAAAGGCCUGCGACUGGCCCGGAUGCUCUGGUGAAAAUUCAAGAUGUUGCUCCAAUAAUUAGAGUAUCCGGGUCUAUAAUGAAACCUACGAAUGUAAAUCGUAGUGUCAGUCACCACCAUCACACAGUGCAUUUUGAAAAUGACGAGCCCGACUUAGAUUUCCUUCUGAGGGACAGUGAAGAUGUGUUAAACCAGUCCGCAGUAACACCGGAACAAACUGUCUCUGAAAAUCAAAUGCCUGACUUUAGUGCCAUAAUGCCGUCGGGCAAUCCAUCUACGGUAUCUUCAGGAGCUCUCCCCAAUUUAUCCAUGUUUCAAUCAACCACCGACAACAAUGUGUCGAAUAGUGGCGAAUAUUUGCCACAGUUCUCCAAACUUGGGAUAGAUACAUCAAACGAACCAAUAACACCCCAAGAAAACAGCGUGCCAAAUUUAAGUUUCUUUCAAAGUACCCAAGAACUGCCGGUUAUUUUACUAUCCAACGAUCAAAAUAAUUCAUCUCACUCAAGAAACACCAACAGUUCACGGAUGUGUUCGUCUCCUCUACCUAGUUUAUCCCUCAACACAUCCUUACCACACUUCUCAUACGUAGAUUUAGAGAGGUGCACGAAUAACUUCAACAACGACCCGUACACAUCCAGAGAGAGCGUCGGCCGAUACUUGGGCCACGGAGCUUUUGGUUCCGUCUACGUCGCCUUCGAUUUGAUUAAAGAUCCUGUCGCUGUUAAAAAAUUGAACUUGGAUCUAGUGAACAACAAUCAAAUGGACCAAAUUACAAAACAAUUCCGUAACGAAGUCGAAAUUUUAAGCAAAUUUAAACAUGAUAAUUUGCUAGCACUUCUCGGGUAUUCACACGACGGUUGUACAUAUUGUCUUGUUUACGAGUAUAUGUCUGGUGGUACAUUACAUGAUAAAAUUCAGUCACAGGAGAAUCGUUUGCACUGGAAAGAGAGAUUAAAUAUAUCUUUGGGUUUGUCAAAAGCCAUUACUUAUUUACAUACUGAAUUUAAAGAUCCUGUGAUACACAGGGACAUAAAAAGCCCUAAUAUACUGCUUGAUGAAAGCAAUAAGGCUAAGUUAGGUGAUUUUGGACUAGUUAGAAAUAUCUACAAUAAUCAUACAAGCACUUUUACUAGUGCAAUAGGAACGUCUGCUUAUAUGUCAGAUGAGGCCUUAAGAGGAGAAAUUUCUUACAAAAUGGACACAUACAGUUUUGGAAUUGUUUUACUGGAAUUACUAACAUCCCUACCAGUUAGGGAUGAAAGCAGACAAGAAGUUUGUUUGAAUGACCACGUUGAAUUUCAAUAUAGUACUGAUGGUAAUGGCAGUAAUUUGUUGGAUCGACACGAGGAAGUUGGGGACUGGAUAGCUAAUGGCAUUGACAUUGGAGAAAAACUAAUCGAGAUUGCUUUGAGAUGUCUGAAAAAGAAAAAGAUAAGACCUGAUCAGAGUGAGAUCACCGAAAAUCUUUUAGAUCUUGUAAAACAGAUAUAAUUAUAAAAGGUGAAGUCAAAAGAAACCAGCAAAAACUGGGAUGCAUUUUACUAUAUAUAGUAAUUUUAUACAUUUUAAUUUCAAUAACUGUAAGAUAUUUGGCACAAUUUUAAGGAUAUGUCAACAAAUUAUUUUACAUUAAAUAAACUGGUGAUAACUGGUAUUGAUAUCAGUAUAUACAAAAAUGCUAAAUAUGAAGAUAAUAAAUGAUUAUGUUGAAUCGAAUUAUUAAACCCUGUAAGCUGCUGAGAUAUUUGGAAAUUUUAAUGUAGAUCAUUUAAAAAAUAUUGACAGCAGCAUAAACAAAUGACUUUUGUUAAACAUUUGACAUAGUUAAUUAAUUUUAUUUGUUAUUGUUAAUUGACGUAUAAAGUCCAGUUGUAAUUUUAUUAUUAUACAUAGUUACUUUUUGAAUAAAAACAUGUUUAGAA